AAUUUUAAAAAAAUUAUGUGUAUUUGUACAUCCUUUACAAAUACUUUGACAUAUUGUAUAGAAGUACAGAAUAUCCAUUUAUAUACUACAUACAGUAUAUAAAUGUUUAUAUUUUUAUACAGGAGCAUUUCCUGGCCCAAAGAAGGCAGGCAGCCAAUCACAGGGUUGUUUCUUAGUCCCAAGGAAGCAGGCAGCCAAUCACAGGAGUGCCUGGGAGCACGUAGGGCAAUGGCACUGUCAAAACUGGUGGCCUGCCGCAGGGGAGGACAUGGCGGUCCUUUUCUGAUGUACUUCAGGCCACACCCGCAGCCAGUCCUGCCGGCCAAUCACAGGGCUGCCUGAGGUCACGUGGGUAUGAUGGUGUCAGGAGGUGGCUGUUAGCCAAUCACAGAGCAGAAUGCUGUCUGAAAAAGUGGGCCGCCGCCCUCCAUGCAGUGGUGGCGCCACAUCCUAAAAUGGGGGUCAAACCAAAAUGGCAGCCCCAGGUAGGUCGAGGAAAGGCCUUCCGUGUCUGGGUAAACCAGAAGGCGUGGCUGCCUCUGCCAGCCAAUCACAACAGAGCACAUGACCAGAAGGGGGGGAGUGGCUUUUGGGCCCAAAGGCUGCUGGGAAGGUGGCAGGAUUUCUGGAGGGGCGGUGGGCGGGCAGCUGUCCCUGGGUGCUGCUGGCGCUUCGGCCCGUCCUGCACCCCGAGGCCUGAGGAGCCUGCGGUGGGCAGGGGGACGCGUGGCCUGGUGGGGACAGGCUGUGGGCGGUGAUGGGGGGACGCCUGGGCGCUGUGGAAGGGCAGCUGUGCCCUGUGGGUGAGCGUCUGUGUAAGUGCCUGCACAGCGCACUGCAGGCCGCCCUUGCUGCAGGGGUUGGCUGGAGGUACAAGGACUGCAGAUCUGCACACCGUCCCCGAGCCCCUGCGCGUAUCUCGCUGCCAUCGGUGUGCGAGAGCCACCUCCCUGCCAGGACCCCUGUGUGCCCGGCGCUCAUUGUCCUGUCUGUGGUGUUUGCAGAUCCGUUCAUGGAGCUUGCAGAUGGAACAAUGAUCUCCUGCAGGAAACCCUUCAUCUUCCUCCUCUUCAGCUUCAUCUUCAGCUCCUGUGUCUUGGUUUUUCUUCAUCAGUUCAGGACUUUGGAGCUAGAGCAUUACAGCCCCAGUCCCACUGCACAACUGGCCCGUGCUGGAAACACCAGCACCCCACGGAAGGGGGAGCACAGGCUGACCAUCCUGCUGUGGAAGUGGCCCUUUGGGUACCGCUUUAACUUCAUAAACUGCUCACAGCUCUACGGCACCCCGGACUGCCACUUCACUGUCAACCACAGCUGGUCCCAAAAGGCAGAUGUGGUGAUUAUGCACCACAGGGAUGUGUGCGGGGACGCGGAGGGGCUGGCCCAGCUCCCCAGAGUCCCAUCCCAGCGUUGGAUCUGGUUCAACCUGGAGUCCCCAAGUCACUCUCCAAACUUAGGCGCCAUGGACAACCUCUUCAACCUGACCAUGUCUUACCGGAGAGACUCGGACAUAUUCACCCCUUAUGGGGAGCUGCAGCUCCUUGGCCAGCCCCAACCCCUCAACAUCCCACCCAAAACCAAGCUGGUGGCCUGGGUAGUCAGCAACUGGAGAGCAGGCUCCCACCGGGUGAAGUACUACCAGGAGUUGAAGAAACACAUCGCUGUGGAUGUCUAUGGGCAGCAUCACUUGCCCCUGCCCUGGGACAAGCUCCUUCCCACCGUGUCCCAGUACAACUUCUACCUGGCUUUUGAGAACUCACAGCAUGAAGACUACAUCACCGAGAAGCUCUGGAGGAAUGCCUUGUCAUCUGGCACCGUCCCUGUUGUGCUGGGGCCUCCUCGAGAAAACUAUGAGCGCUUCUUGCCCCCUGACUCCUUCAUCCAUGUUGAUGACUUCGCCAGCGCUGGGGACCUGGCACAGUACCUGUGGGAGCUGAGCAGGGAUGCCAAGAGAUACCGGCGCUACUUCCAGUGGCGCAAGUGGUUGAAACCUGUGGCGGGGGCAGGCUGGGCUCUGCACGUCUGCAGAGCUUGUCACUUCUUGCAGACUACAGAGGCCAGGUACCAGGUUGUGCCCAGUUUGUCUGAGUGGUUUGUGUAACUGCUGUUUGCUCAGCUCUCUGCUCCACUGCAAUCUUUUUGUGGGCUGCAAUUUCACAGGGUGAUUGAACUUGAUGGAAAUGGAGGGACAAGAGGAGCUUUGAACUGAACAAGGACAAAGAAGCUCUUAGGUGGUUGUACGUCUUUGUCUUACUGGAGAAUAGACUGCCAGAUAGAGCAGUACACUGUUUUUUUUGCUGAUCUAUUAGUUACCUGAACAAAUUGUUAUGCUGGCUACACCUUGGUCUUUGGAGAAGUUCACUUUCAGUCUCAGCAAACAAUCCUGGAUCAGCUCCACAGGCUGGAGAGCCUAAGCAAGUGGCCGAGAGGGGGAGGUGAAAUAGCAAUACCUAUCAUAAACCUGUUUCAAGGACUGUGUACUGUGCAGAGCGGUGGCUUGAAGGGGUAACCACCCCACGAGGCUGCCUGCUGCUGCAGGAGGAACUGGCCGUGCUUCUUUCUCCCAGCCCCGCAGCCCCAGUCCUGCCCUUGCUCUGCCUCGGGCUCUCCCUGACUGCCUUUGGGGUGCUGCAUCAGGAUGCUAAACGGGUAGAAAGCAACUCAAUUUAUUUUACAAAGCUGUUUUUUUGACAGAUUAGCAAGUCCGUACGGGUUUGAGGAGGGGGUCUGACAGUAGCAGGCUGGUGCAGGUAAGGUGUGGGGUGCCAAGGACGCCCCUGAAAGAAGCGUAUGUUUUAGUGCCUGCAGCACCCUGUGGCAAGGAGAUGCUCAGGACCAGCCACCUCCUCCCCUGUGCCUCAAACCACAAAUUCUGACAUUGGCUGAUGCCUCUGGACCAUGUGUUUGGAAAACAGAGAAUAACUGGCCUUUACUGGGAUUCCCGCUGCUGUUCAAGCCCUAUCACCAGCAAUUGUUUCCUUCCCAGGUCGGGAGCCCUAUUGCAGGGAGUCAGUGGACACAGCUCUGCCUUUCCAGGCUCCCUGCCGAUGCCACUGGACAUUCAGUUUGUUUUCCUGACUGCUACUGAUCCCUGAGCUGAGCUUUCAAAGGUCUGUCCUGACCCCAGGACGUUUCCAUGAAGAAAAUCAGCUCAGAGUCCAGCAAUGCAUACAGAGAUGCAAUUGUUUUCUCCGUCAUCAGCGUUUAGCAAACAUUUCCAAAGAAUUCCUUCUGCAUUUCCUCCCGCAGUCAUUCUGUAGAAGGACCAUCAGCAAGACCUUGUCUUUGGAUUGUGAGUCCUUUAUUUUCAUUAGCAACCUUUGUUUUUUCUCUGCUUUGCAGAUUGUUGAACACAUUGAUCAGCACAAGCCUAAGAACAAAUCCUUCACUCUGAAAUCUGAACCUUUAUCCCUCCCAUCUUUUUCCUGUCCUCCUGAAAGUACCUGUCUGGAUGAGACCUUCCUGAGAGUGCUUAGUUUCUUGAAGAGCCUUUGCUGGACCUUAGCAAACCCCUUUGGAAAUUCAGGUAGAAAACCAUGCCAUGCCUGCCUUAGCCAUGUGCUUGCUGGCUGCUUCCAAGAGCAGUAGGUUGGUGAGGCAUCGAGUUUUAUUGCCAAAUAAUUGUCCACGCUUCUGCCUCUGCUGUGUCCGCCUGCAGACAGACACAUCUCUCCUCCUUUAGCAUGUAGCUCCUGGGAUCUCAUCCUGGUGCUCUUCCUGUCUCCAGAGCCAGUUCAGUUCAGAGCAGCUGGAGAAACUGAAGACCUUAAUGUUACUGAUUGAGCUGAUAUGGAUGUGGGUAAGGGGUAAAUAAUAUUCUGCAGGUGAGUGCUGCAAACAUUCUCUUGCUAUGAAUGGGCGGCACUGGGGAGUUGAGAUGGAAUUGUUUUGCUGCUCCUGGGAAGAUGAUGCCUGUCCCUGGGCUAAAUCCUUCCACCUCAAGACUUCCAUUGGGAAAACUUCAGCUUUGAGCAUUGGCCUCCAGAGCUGCCUUUUGCUGGUGUUGCCAACAAAACCGAUUCCAAAACAGAGUGGUUAAUUAAACUGAGCAGCAAUGGAGUACCACAUGUCAGGGCACAAGGUCCAGCUGCUUGGAAAGGGUGUUUCAAAUUUCCAGGAGCUGCUAGAGACAACCCAUGCUGCACGCAUGAACACAGCCAUGAGGAGCUCGCUCCUGGCUUUAGCCAGUAUCAUAAAAAGCCUUCCCAGGAAGAAACCACAGCGUAAAGCCCCAUGAACACGUUCAGUUCACCUGAAAUAUUUUUCUUUAGCCUGUUUUGAAGGGCUGUACUGCAGGGAAGGGGAGUUCCUGGAGGUGGCAAUGCAGGGUGUGUUGGGGCAGGGCCGCUGUCUCCAGGGGGUUUAGAUGUGUCUUGCAGCAGUGGGUGACUGUGGAUGUGCGGCUCCCUUGGCCAACAGCAUUCCAAGUACACAAGGUGGCAUUCACCAGGUGCACAGCAAGUGGCUGUGCCUGGGCAGGGAGCCCAGGUUUGGUCCCGCUGGAGACGUGGUGAUGAUGUUUAUGGAGAACACCAUGUGCAUUAAAUAAACAUCUUGGUAAACAGGCAAUUCAGUUCCACCUUGGAUGUCGUUCCUUUGAGCCACCUGCAGGCUCACACUGGGGAAGCAAAUGCCUGUGAACAGGAACUUCGG